UUCUCCCCAUUUUUUUCCACACACCAUGGCCCAACUGUUGGCCAAGUUCCUGGCAAUUCUUGACACUGCACGUGAGUUCACGUUCGAAGCAGCCACCUCUGCUACCGCAGCGGUGACUGCCAAAGUCACAGACAUCUACACCAACCCCCAAGAGAUUGCACGGCUACUCAACUCGCGCACGGAGCGCGAUAAGCUCACAGGCUUGAAGAGUGUGGUGGCGCUCAUGGCACGUGGUGCAGAUGCGGAACUCUACUUUGCGGAUGUCAUCAAAAACGUCACGUCCCCGCAGCUCCAGGUGCGCAAACUCGUGUACGCGUAUUUGUUGCGCUAUGCGAAGGCACAACCGGACAUUGCGUUGCUCCUGAUCAACUCGAUCCAGAAGUCUCUUAAUGACCGCGACCCGCACCUCCGUGCGUUGGGUAUUCGUGUGCUCUCUGGAAUCCGCAUUUCUGCAAUCAGUGCGAUCGUUAUGCUCGGCAUCAAGAAGUGUGUCGCAGACUCAUCACACAUCGUACGCCGUGCCGCUGCUGUUGCCGUUGGAAAGGCCUGGGAAAUUGAUGCCCAGAAACUCAACGAGGACGCUUUGGUCGAAACAUUGAAGCUGUUACUCGCAGACAACGACAUGGGUGUGGUAGGCGCCAGCAUUGUCGCCUUCCACAAGAUCUGCCCUGAGAAUUACGCACUUCUCCACGUCCACUAUCGCCGCCUAUGCCGCUGCCUCGCCGAUCUUGAGGAGUGGCCACAGGCGUUGCUCAUUGAUAUUUUGACUGCCUACGCGCGCAUGUUCUUGCCAAAACCCACCAUCUCUUACCUCCAAGAGGGAGUGAAGGUGACGAUUGCGCUCCCGGAUGACUACACGGAGCUUCCAUCCUAUGAAACAGCUUUUGAUCCAGACCUCCAGUUGUUUAUCACCUCCAUGAAAGGAUUGGUAUACUCGCGCGCGGACGUGUCAGUGCUCGCGGUCGCACGCGCGUUUAUACACCUUUCGCCGCCGUACUGUCUCGCACAAUUCCAGAUCGCGCCGGCGUUGGUACGACUCCUGACCAAGGGCCACAAUGAGCGCGAGAUCCAAUGCUUGGCGCUAGAGACAAUUGUCGUGGCCGUGCGCGCAGACCCCGCGCUCUUCGCGCCCUACUACAAGCGCUUCUUCGUGUUCCCCACAGAGCCUCUUGCCGUGGCACUGCUCAAAUUCAACGUACUUGCACAUCUCGUGAACGUGCACAACGCACGCGCAAUCACCGCAGAGUUGCAAUACUAUGCGCUCCAUGCUACCGGUCCUGUCGCGAAAGCCGCUGUUGGCUGUCUUAGUGCCGUCGCGCGCGUCUCUACAGACCAUUCGCGCAGGCUUCUCCGUUGGUUGCUCCAUCAGGUGCAUAAAAACGUCCCUACCAUCAUUUCCGAGUGUUUGAGCGUGAUCCGCUACCUCGUCCAGCAAGACGUGGCGCACCACAGCCGUGCUGUCACACAGCUUGCGGGUGUGUUGCAGCACUCUGUGAGUGUCAGUGAAGAGGCCAAGGCCAGUAUUGUUUGGCUCUUGGGCGAAUUCGUCACCGUCGAUGAUUCCAUCGCACCAGACGUCUUGCGCGUCUUAGCCAAGGGCUAUAAGACGGAGGAACCCCAGGUGCGUUACCAGAUCUUACUUCUCGCAGCUAAGGUCUACUGUCAGGAUGUUAAUGAGUACGUUUCAUCGCAUGGCACGGAUUCUUUCUCUCAGCAUGAUGGAGUGAUUGCGAAGUUGUUUCGGCACAUAUUGGCGUUGGCGCGGUAUGAUGUCUCGUAUGAUACCAGAGAUCGUGCGCGUAUGUUUGGGGUUUUGUUGAGCCAGCCCCACAUUCAGCUCGCAGCAUUGUUCCUCCAGGCGCCUAAACCAGUGCCAUUAGCUGAAGCGAAGCAUGCCAAGGUGCAUAUUCUGAGCGCUUUGGAGAUGUACUAUAAUAGUGUCCCCGCUUGGGCCAAGCAGCCGUCCGAUCUGACCAUCAGAAAGGAGGUUGGAAUCAAGGAACACAUUCAUAAGAGCUUCCAAAACGUCAGUGGUGGGUCCACAAGGUCCGGCUCGCCAGCCAGUGAUGUGCACUUUGGCAAUCAAUCGCGAUCAAUACAGAAGAAGGCGCCACAGAGUUUGGACGAUUUUUUUGCAGAUGACGGGGCGAGUUCGUCUGUGAUGCAGAAACUUAGAUAUCGCAUCCAGGAGAGUCUGGAGGAGGAAUCAAGUAAUGAUGAAAGUGAGGAUGAGGAAGAGGAUGAGGAAGAGGAUGAGGAAAGUGAGGAAGAGGAUGAGAAUGAGGAUGAGGAUGAAAAGGAUGAGGGUGAUGAGGAAGAGGGAGAGGAAGAAGAGGGAGAGGGGGAUGAGGAACAUGAAGAAGAACAUGAAUCUGAGAGUGAAGCGGAAGAUGCGCAGUUGCUCAAAUAUUGAGAAAAAAACAUUUUGCAUAGUUCUUGUAUAUAUACGAAUUGACAGAGAACAUUAAAAGUGCACCGAAAAAGGAGGGAUGUUAUCCAUGACUGGCAAGGAACGUAGCCUUAAGAUGAUAUCUUUCUCAAGGUAGGAUUCAACUGUAACCACGGGUUAAUAAACAGUAUUUGGAAUAUCUGUUCUGUUUACAAUACACUG